AGUUUUAUAUCGAGAGUUUGACGAGACACAACACCCAAGAAACUUCCUUGGAAUUCUCAAAUCUUCGAGUGAAUAUCACAGUUUUAGUUCUCUGGCAUCAGCGUCGCAACAUGGCACUACUACUGGUGUGGUCGGGAUGGUGACACCACUGGCACUCCAUUGAUAGGGCUUAUCGUCGACCAUUCUCGAUGAAGCCUUGGCCCCGGGCGGGUUAAUAUCGCAACGUGCCUCUGCUGGUCUAGGGGCAGUCACUAACUAGGAGCCAACGAGGUCAUACGUCUUUUCUCUCGAGUGCCCUGGACAGUACCUAGAGCGAAUACUAUUUAAGUGAAACGAAGCAGACUGGUCUUAAGUUUUGUAACUCGUGUUUUCAAAGACUUCAAGAAAAUGGAAACGCCCAGAAAAGUGAAUCUAUAUAUCAGACUUUCCGACUGAAAAAUAUCGUGAUCAGAGCAUCUGACAGCGCUGAAUAACACCCAGACACAUAAGAGGUCACAGAAAAGAACACUCUAGCGGCCCUUCGAAACCAAGUGUAUUCAGAAUGACCUGCAUUUGCGAAUGUACCUGGAAAGCCCUUUGCGCCAUCAAGGAUGCCAUUGCAUCGCCCUGCACCAGCGGGGAGGAAGCCGAGCCCCUGGCAGACUCCUCCAUCCUAGACGACAGAUCCACCGAUCAGGGGGUCGGAGGCAUCGCCAACGGCGGUCUGGAUGACGACUCCUUCGCCAGUCGUUCCUCGGGCCCCUGGCAGCCGGUCUUGCGGUUCCACGACGCAGUGACGGAGGAACCCCACCGCCAGGGGAACGGCCAGCCCUGGGACGUCGAUCUGGGCGACGGGAAAGUGACGGACGCCGUCGACGGGAUGAUCGGGGUGAAGAUCCCGGGGGCGGAGAGGGAGGACUCUCAGAGUUCGGCAAGGGAAUCGGGCUACGGGAGGUCCCUGGAGGACAGCAACAGUUCGACGUCGCCCGAACCUUCCGUCUCCAUAGCCUACCAAAACCAGCCUGAUCCAACUAUCUUCAAAGUGGUGGUGCAGAACGAUAUGAAAUGUUGGUUUAUCCUGAGACGAUACAAGGAAUUCCUCAGACUACAGGAGACCGUCCAACAGAAGGAUCGUUCUUUAGCGGUAAAACUCCCAGACGGAGAGACAGUCGAGAGACAGAACGUGGACACCUUCAUCCAGGCGAUAAUGGUGGAUCCGAGAAUUGUCACCUUACCGGAAGUAAGGGAGUUCCUGCAGCUGGACAAAUUCCGAUCCUCCUCCGGAAGUAGCAGCGACUCCGGGGGCUCUCCUGCCAACACUCCCAUCAUCCUCAACCCGAAACUCCUCAUGCCGCCCGGGGCGCCAAUUCCAGCAAGAAAACCUAUUCCAACCAAAGGAAACACCAACGCCAACGGUGACGACAGUUCCUUCGGCGAGAAGGGAACUCUCCAAUCUCAGUCGAGCAUCGACCUCGGAUGCACCGAGAAGAAAUCGCUGACACCAGGAGAUUUCGAAUUUUUGUCGGUUGUCGGAAAAGGAAGUUUCGGAAGGGUGAUGGUGGCCAGAUACCGGGAGGACAACAAAAUCUACGCUGUCAAGGUCCUGAACAAAAGGAUGAUCGUCCGGCGAAACGAGACCGCCCAUGUGCUGAGCGAACGCUCGGUGCUCAUCAAGAUGCUCAACCACCCUUACCUGGUUCAAUUACACUUCGCUUUCACUACUUCCCAAAAGAUCUUCUUCGUCAUGGACUACGUCAACGGAGGAGAGCUCUUCUUCCACUUGCAGAGAGAACGCGUCUUUGCGGAGCCCAGGGCGCGGUUUUAUGCCGCCGAGAUCUGCUGCGCUCUCACCUACAUGCAUAGCAAGGGAAUCGUCUACCGAGACCUGAAGCCCGAGAACAUACUACUGGACACCGAGGGUCACAUAGUCUUGACGGACUUCGGGCUGUGCAAGGAAGGGCUGCAGACCAACGCUUCCAAGACGGGCACCUUCUGCGGAACUCCCGAGUACCUGGCGCCUGAAAUCCUGAAGAAACAGCACUACUCCAGAUCGGUCGACUGGUGGACUCUGGGCGCUGUUCUCUACGAGAUGCUCUACGGCCUCCCGCCUUUCUACUCGAGGGACACCCCAGCCAUGUACGACGCCAUCUUGAACAAGCCCUUGAAACUCAAGCACACGGUUUCUAACAAGGCCAGAGACUUAUUACAAGGGCUCCUCCAGAAGGACCCGCACCACCGCUUGGGAUCUGGAAUCAGAGACGGGGAAGACGUCAAAAGCCACGAAUUCUUCAAGGCCAUUGACUGGAAUCUUGUCAACAAGAGGGGAAUCACGCCACCCUUCACUCCAACAGUAAAUGGCGAAGCAGACACCCGAAACAUCGACCCGAUGUUUACGAAGGAGGCCAUCUUCGGACAAUCCCCAGCUUCAUUCCAGGGCCUGUCUGCGUCUGUCCAGGCCGUCGAUCACGUAUUCCAGGGCUUCAGCUACGCUCCUCCCAUCGAAAUGGAAGGUUACUGAAAAAAAAAGUAGUGAAGAACCACUUAUUUUUUGGUUGUCUAUCCAGGCUGUUAUCUGGAAUCCAUCCAGGAUUCUUGGGCUUCCAAUAUGUCCAGUGCAGAGGUUGAAGGCUCUCGAGAAUUGCCAACGGCGUAGAGAGGUCACAAAAUUGCCAUGCGAACGAAUUUUUAUUUUAAAAGGCCUUCUGAUAGAAGCCAUGGCGUAUCUUGAUGGUAUCCUACCAACGGAGGGUGCGGCAUUUUCGGAUAUUUAUCUAAAAGUGUGCCGAAGACGUUAGUUCCUUCUUGGGGGAGACUAAGAUUAAAAACUUAAUGGAUAAUGGAUCUCUCUCUCUCUCUCUAUUGACACAGGUCCUAACCACCAUAAACAUUAAAUCAUAUUCGCCUUGGCUAAGUGACGCACCGGAACUCAUAACUAAUGGACCAAGAAGGAUAGCAUCCAGUCUUCCGCAAGUGUGUUUUGUGUAAAUAUUUCAUUCGUUAAAACAGGCGCCGAGAAAGCAAAGUAUCUCCUUGAUUGGCUAAGAAAGGCCAAGAGACUUGGGAAACACGGAGGAAGGCAGAGUUCCGUCUCGUGCUGAAAGAAAUCAGGGAAUGAUAAAACCUACGGCCUCUCGAGUCUUCAACUACAACAUAACCUCACUAAGAAUAACUGCCUUACUUAUUGGUGCCAUCCACAUAGACCAUCUUUGUUUUCCAAUGGUGAAUAUGCAAAUGAUUUUAUUGACAUUUUGUAUAAAUUUAGAUCACUGUCACGUGAAAACUUAACCCCACCGGAAGGUAAGCAUUCAACAGCAAAAAGUGAAAACAA